AUGUCUAUCCAUACACUUCUUUGUUGUGUAGUGGCCAACAAUAUCGUGAGUUUGACGAUAGUCAAGGAGGCGGUCAGUUCUGUACUACGUGAGAUGGACAAUACGGACGACAAUGGAGAUGUGCAGAGUUUGCCAUUAGAGAUCAUCGAUAUAUUCGAAGUACCUAAGAUGACAUAUGACCCGGACAGAAAACAUUUCCUGGC